UACAUACAUACUUGGACCGCGGCUCGUGACGAUGGCGAAAGGGGGGUUUUUGAGUGUUUGGUGUUGAUAUCUACGCACGCCACCUACUCCGUACGCCACCAAAGCAUCUUGUGUGCCGUCUUUCUGUUUGCCAUUUAGUGCUAGGCAGUUUUUUAACCUACCUGCUUGCUUCGUCCGACCUUGCUGCAAUAAGUGCCAUUUUAUUCAUUCUUUCCCUCUACAAGACCUUGUUUGCCUAAUUACUGAACACGUCUUUGAGAAUCUUGGUGCUAAAUACCUACCCCGCAACCAUUUCUCUGUUUCGCAGCGCAGCGCCAGAAUGUCACUCCCGCCGCCGUCGGCCGAGUGGAUGAAGUGGCCCAGCCGGCGCAGCGUCGUGCACAGCACCAAGGGCAUGGUGGCCUGCACGCAGCCCCUGGCCGCCAAGUGCGGCAUUGAUAUUCUCAACGCUGGCGGCAAUGCUGCGGAUGCCGCUGUCGCCGUCGCGGCCGGCUUGAACAUGACGGAGCCGUGCUCGACGGGUAUCGGCGGCGACAUGUUCUGCCUGUACUACGACGCGGCGAAGGGGGCCGUGUCGGCGCUGAACGGGUCCGGGCGGGCCGGCGCCCAGUGCACGCUGGACACGGUGCGCCGGAGCCUCGGUGUGCCCGACGGUGUCGUCGGAAAGAUCCCCAUGAGCAGCGUGCACGCCGUCACGGUCCCCGGCGCCGCCGCCGGCUGGGUCGACACGGUCGACCGCUUCGGCAGCGGCCGGCUAUCGCUCGCCCAGAUCCUGGCCCCCGCCAUCGAGCUCGGCGAGACGGGCUUCCCCGUGUCCGAGCUGACGGCUUACUUUUGGCAACGCGGCGAGGCGUCGAUCCGCAGGGCGUCGCCCAACUUUGCCGAGAUGCUGAAAGGCGACCCGGCAGCCCCGGGCGGCGUGCGCGCGCCGCGGGCCGGCGAGAUCAUCUGGCUGCCGCAGCUGGCGCAGACGUUCCGCGCGCUGGGCGCCGAGGGUAAGCGCGGCUUCUACACGGGGCGCGUGGCCGCCGAGCUCGUCAAGGUGUGCGGCGACCUGGGCGGGCACCUGACGCUGGCCGACCUGCAGCACCACCUUGACACGGGCAGCGAGGCCGUGGCGCCCAUCUCGCUCAAGUUCUGCGGGCAAAAGCAAGCCAACGACAACGACGGCGAAAGCGGCGUCGAACUGUGGGAGCACCCGCCAAACGGGCAGGGAAUCGUGGCGCUGAUGGCGCUGGGGAUCCUGGAGGAGCUGGAGGCGCGGGGCGCCAUCGCCACGUUCGGGCCGGCCGACCACAACUCGGCGCCGUACCUGCACGCGGUGGUCGAGGCGCUGCGCAUCGCCUUCGCCGACGCGAGCUGGUUCGUGACCGACGCGGACCCGGCCGUCGGCCCGGGCGUGCCGACGGCCGAGCUCCUGUCGCGCGCGUACCUCGCUGCGCGGGCGCGGCUGUUUGACGCGACGCGCGCCAGCGACAUCCUGCGGCACGGCGAUCCGACCUCGGGCUCCUUCGCGUCGCCGGCGCUCAGCAGCAGCGACACAGUGUACUUCUGCGUCGCGGACGCCGCCGGCAACGCCAUCUCCUUCAUCAACUCCAACUACGGCGGCUUCGGCACGGCCAUCAUCCCCGCCGGCUGCGGCUUCACGCUGCAGAACCGCGGCGCCAACUUCAGCCUGCGCGCCGACCACCCCAACGUGCUGGCGCCGCGCAAGCGGCCCUACCACACCAUCAUCCCGGGCUUGGUGACGAACCUCGACGGGGAUGGAACCAAACCGGGGUCGCUGCACUCGGUCUUCGGCGUCAUGGGCGGCUUUAUGCAGCCGCAGGGCCACGUGCAGGUGCUGCUGGGCCAGCUGGUCGGCGGGCUCAGCCCGCAGCAGGCGCUCGACGCGCCGCGCGUGUGCAUCGGCGCGGGCAUGCCCGAGGACGAUGACGGGGGCGACGACGGCGAGUACGACCGCACCGUCUACGUCGAGGAGGCCAUGCCCGCGGCGACUGUCGACGGGCUGCGCGCCCUCGGCCACCGCGUGCAGGUCGUCACGGGCCACGGCCGCGCCCUGUUUGGCCGCGGCCAGAUCAUCAGGCGCACGCGCGACGGCGUCACCGGGGUUGGGCUGUGGUCCGCCGGCAGCGACAUGCGCGGCGACGGCGCUGCGUAUCCCGCGUGA